UUUACGAUUUACGAAAGAUGGUGAAAAGUCCGGUUGUGACUGGUAUUUCGCCGAAAGAAGGACCGCCUGGGACACGGGUUACGAUACGUGGCGAAUUUCUAGGCAACAAAUCGACAGAUCUUAUCAGUCUCACGAUUUGUGGGUGCGAUUGUUUGUUGUCAGCGGAAUGGAAGUCGGAUAAGAAAAUUAUUGCCCGCACCGGUGCGGCGAAAGGUAAGGGUGACAUUAUUGUGAGCACACGGAACGGUGGAAACGGCACUUCUACGGUACAGUUCCGGGCGUACUACGAAACGAUCGGCCCGAUGAAAGAAUCUGCAGUGUGGAUCGAAGAAUCGCCAAUGCAAUCGUUAGCUUGGGGCCGACGUUCUCUGGCUCCGACGGGCUAUACCCAGGAAGACCCGCUCGGUCUUUCGAACGAGGGUAACGAGAAAAAGUUUCCGGAAGAUUUGCGUGACCUCUUUCCGGACGGAUCGGGAGAUUUGUCACAGGAAAACUUUACGCCUGGUUGGUUUCUGUUGGAAAAUCAUCAUGCCACCUCGUUCGAGGAUCUGAAGGCGGGCCUCUCAUAUCUGCGACGGCGUGUCGAGAGCCAGAAAGAGGGUCAGCUGUCGUUUCUAAAGUCGAACGCUGGCUCGGUGAUUGAUCAGCUAGAUACGCUGAUGACGUUGCGUGAUCGUAUUACGCAGGACAACCGGGUGCAUGGAAAGGAACCGGUGGCAAAACUCGACAAAGGCAUCCAUGGUUCGAUCGAUGCAUCGCACGAGCUGUUUAAGGAUGUUUUGGUGCGAAAGGAGAAGGCGGAUGCAACGCGAGCUGCCCUUUCGGCCAUGUCACGGCACAAAUUUCUGUUCUGCCUUCCCAACACGGUGGAGAAGGCGGCAUCAAAGAACGAGUUUGACAUAGUGGUGAAUGAUUAUGCACGAGUUAAGAAUCUGUUUGGCAAAACGGACGUACCGAUUUUCCGAAAGGUGCUCGAAGAAGUGGACAUUAAAAUAUUGGGCAUCCGUCAUCAACUGCACGGGAAAAUUAAAGAAAUGCCACAAGGCGUCGAUCAGCAGAAGCGAAUGAUCAAAGCACUGAUCAGUCUGGAAGCACAACAAGCCGGCACGAGUGUGGCUGGAAAGCUGAAGGUAGACGAUCCGGCUUGGGACGCAAUCGAUGCACGGGCCAAGUAUCUCGAGGAAACAUUCCACAAAGCAUAUGAACAGUACUCGGAGAAAGAAACGCACGGCAACGAUUCAAAAUCGCGCAUCGAUCCUACCGUUACUCCAAUGAGGGUACAGUUUUGUGAGGAAAUGACCGAAAUCGCUGCGAGCCAGUUUCCGGAUCUGUGGCGCCUCGGGCAAGCCUACUUCACAGGCGAACUAAGAGGUGCAGCCCAACCAAAGCCGGGAAAUUUCAAACGCAUCAUUCUGACGGCGAUCGAGCAGUUUUGCUCAUACCUUCGAUCAGCUUUACUUGCGUCGUCCGGAGCCCACCGAUCAUUGGCCACAGUUGCCGCUCCUAAGGGCUUACCGACCUGGCCAUCGGUUAACCCAUCGUUAAACUUUCUCAUCACCUGGCUCCCACACUGCCUGCGUUACGUUCGGGUUUCGUACGCUACUCUCAUACGACUCGAUCUUCCCAACGAGGCCCUUGACAUCGUGAUGAAGUUGAUCGACGAGUUGCGGCUGUACUGCCUUUCCACGAUACUGCGAAAGGCAAACGAGCGCGUGAAGAAACUGCACGAACGGGAAACGUGGGAGCUGACGGUAACCGAGUUUGCGGGAGCAACCAGUUUGCCUGGCAAAUUGCGUGACAUCUUGGUCGAAGCGAUCGACGAUGCACAAGCGGCUUGUCUCACACCGGAGGUGCGAGAGUCAACCCUCCUCGAACCGCAGUCCGAUGGCCAACGGGAACUUUCAAAGCGUUUCCAAGACAUUCUGGGAUCGUUUUGUACGGUGCUCGAAACGCUUGCCUUGCAGCGCUCAGAUGAGGAUCCGCAGCAGGCACCGAUGUUGUCACAGCUGAUCGGUUUCCCCGGAACACUGCUAUUGCAGCAACAGCAACAGCAUUUGGGUGGCGAUGAAGAUAAGCGUGACAACAACGUUUCCAUCACCUGGGAGCAACGGUUGCUAUGCUGUCUUUCGAAUUGCAUCUACUGCAAUCGGCACUUCUUCCCGCAGUUGGGUGAUCUUUUCACGCGCCACAAUUUCCCCGUACCAACGCUUGCGAUCGAAAAUUCUCGCUCGACCGUUAAUGCACUGUUUGGCACUUUGCUAGAUAUGUACGUGGAACACAAAAGCGAUCCCCUGGUCGGUACGAUCGAACCAUCGAUGUACCUGGGUCGGUUCCAGUGGGAUCAGGUGGCGCCCUCGGAGAAACUCAGCCCUUAUGCACACGAGUGUCUGGACAAUCUUGUUUCGGUUUACUCGGAGAUUUUCGCCGUUUCACCUUUUCUGCUGCGGCCCAUCCUGGAGCCAAUCGUGCAAACGGUCGCUGAAGAGCUGGCCCGACUGAUGACGUGUGUACAGAAGUUUAACGUAGACGGAGCGUUGCAGGCACGCGUCGACAUUAACGUGAUUCGGGAUGCGGUGCGCGUUUACAGCAACGAAACGGCCAAGUCUUUCUUUGUCGAAGCACUCGAAACAAUUCCUGCAGUGCCGGAAAGCGAGGCAAGAAUCACAGAGGCGGUGAAAACGAUCAAGAACAACAUCCGUUUGCAGAUCAUGUGCCUUCAGGUGGUGGAUCCUUGAUGUGAUGCUUUUGUGUGGAUUUCCUAUCGUUCAACGAAAAAAUCCACACGUGACCAAUUACGUACAGGGGCAAAUGUCUGCAAGGUAUCUGGUGCAAAAAGUUUAACCCGUGCUGACUGAACUGCUCCGCUGUUAGCAUCAACACUAAAAAUCGUACAUUCGUGAACCAACGGCUUAAAAUAAUCGAUUAAAUAUAA